GGGGGGUGUUUGGUGCGGAAUCGGGGUGUAAGACGGCAGACCCCGCGCUUGGCACAGCGGGAGUCGGUGCGCGCGAAGCCAAGAGACCGUUGGCGGUUUCAGUUCAAACGGGCAGAAGGCGAAGGUUCCGAAUACGUUCGUGCCACCAACCGUCUGACCCUCCGACUUGGACCGGCCUGACUUCGAUCCGAGGCCGCUUGCCGUUCUGGUCACGGUAGCGUCGUCGACUCGGCAUCCUUCCAUCCACUGGCUGCUCGUCCCCUCCCGGGGCUGAGGUGGUGGGGAGUUUGCCGGCCGGUUGGGGUCAGUGGUCCAGGUGUAGGAAGGUGGAAGAGUUGAUAUCAUGGCUUCAGUGCGCAACAGCGAUGAUGGAUUUGUUCAGGUCUCAGCUUCUCGGGAAUCAAGCGAAUUUGUCAAUCAAGUGAAACAUAGUGACCUCUUAUCAACUCUGGCUUUCACUUCCCCAUUUGGAGGGGUCAGUCUCUUCUUGGGAAACACUCGACCGUUUGUGGGUCGUUGCUGCUAUAUCUGUGCACCCCAAAGCUGGGCUUUGCUUUUCCACAAUCACUUAGCCUUGCUGGGAUUUCGAAAUGCCAUCCUUGUUACAGAGACACAGACACGAUAUCGAGGAUGGCUGGCUCGACGCCUCUGCUAUUUCCUGUUUGUUGUUGGGCGCACAGUUUACCCAGAUGUCCCCUUUCUGGAACACAGAGUAAUCAACAAUGCCAGAGUUCAGCAAGUCACUAUGGAGAACUUAUGUAACAUAUGUGACCAGAAGUCACAUUAUAACAUGAGGAACGUGCUGGGCAUCUUCUACCAGAUCCAAGCUAUAAUCUCACCCCUUUUGCUCAGGUUGACUAGUUGGGUGCUGCUGAAAAUAUUUAACUGGGUUUUUGUGAAUCUACAAGUGCAUCGAGGGCAAAUUGAGAUGCUGCGAAAAGCAAGAGAGAAGUAUGCGGGUCCAUUUGUCUUUCUGCCUCUUCAUAAGUCUCGACUGGACUACCUACUGGUUACCUUUGUCCUUUUCUGCCACAGUAUCAGGGCUCCAUACUUUACUUGUGGGGAAGAUGUCCAGCUCCCACUUCUCAGGCCUCUGCUUCGGAAAUUGGGAGGAAUCUUCAUUCCACGUGAUAGUGGAGACCACUUGUUCCGGGUUGUUUUAAAUUCGUAUAUCGAGGAACUCUUGAAUGAACAGCAGAGUCUGGCGGUUUACCUGAAAGAUCCUGUUUCAUAUUCUGUGCGUUCAAGUCUGACAGGAUUUAUGUGGCUGGCUUGGGUGUUUGAUGCUUUUCAGAACCGUUUAAUACCAGAUGCAGUUUUGAUUCCUGUGGGUGUGUCUUAUGAUCGUAUCGUAGAUGAACACUACUUGGAGCAAAUGGGAACUGGAAAGACUAGUGUUUUUGGAGCCAUUCGUUGGGUGCUCAGAUUCCUCCAGAAGAGAUACGGCUGCAUCCGGGUGGAUUUUGGACAACCAGUUUCUCUGAAGGAUUACAUAGAGAAUGAAGGAAUUCAUUUGUGUACCUCUGCAAUUCCGCUUCAGAAGAUCUUACUGCCGUACGUGCUCGGAUACAGCACCGAUUCUGUGUACUGUGAGAAGUCUCAGGACUGGCUUCUGAACAAUGAUGAGUUGCCACAACUCAGCAAACAUCAUCAAGCACUGGUUGCUGAUCUGGGAAGACACAUGCUUUACACUGCUUCUUGUUGCUCGGCAGUUAUGUCGACCACCAUCAUGGCCUGCCUUCUGUUUCACAAGCAUCAACAGGGCAUACUGCUUAGCACAUUGGCAAAGGAUUUCUGUUGGUUAAUGAAUGAGGUUCUCGCACGACAUUUUGAUGUGGGAUUUUCAGGGAAGCUGCUAGAUAUUGUGCUGCAUGCCCUUUUCUUGCUGAGAGAAUGUGUAAUACUGAGGAGCUGUCCGCUGAACAAUCUAAUUGUGAUACCAAAAAUAAACAGGAAAGCUGUGGAGAAGCUUAGUUUUUACAGUAAUUCUAUUCUGCCUGUCUUUAUCGGUGAGGCCGUAGCUGCCUGCGCUUUAAAUUCAAUUUUAAGGGAAGUGGCUAAAAACAUGGUGGACUGGGACUCCAAUGCAGAGGUUGCAAUCAGCCAAGAGGAACUUAUCUGUAAAACUGUUCAGCUGUGUCACUUACUGACCACUGAGACACUGCUUCUACCACCCUGCCGAUCAGUGUACCAGUUUUCACAGGAAGCAGUGGACAAGCUGAUGUAUUGUGAGAUUCUUAUCAUGGAGGAGAAUGAGAACAAACAGCCAGCAUGUGACACGUGGCAGAAACAGUUUGGCAAGGAGCUAACAUGGAAGGUGAUGGAUGAUUUUGAUGACUCUGAGAGUGAUGCUGAUGAAACAGUCUGGAAGUGCUAUUUUAAGCUUGGCCAAACCCAGGAAAGCCACACAUUUUACCUUUUUCUCUGUAGUUUGUUGCAGCCUGUAUUGAAAGCAUAUGAGGCAGCAGCAGGUUUGCUCCACAAAUUGGACUUUCCAAUUGAAGAGUCACAGUGUGUGCUGAGGAUGUUUCAGCUUUUGCAUGCACAAGUAGAAGAACAGCAUGAAAGUGCAACAUUCAGCAUUGCCAACAGUGCUAUUAAGACCUUCAGGGAACUGGGGGUUUUCAAAGAGGAGCCAGGAACAAAGGGACCCUUACUGAAACUCAGUGAAACUUUUCAGGAACCUGAUAACUUACUGAAGCUCCAGUGGUACAUUCAACAAUUCUGCGAUUAAAAUUAAAAGAAAAAAACUGAUUGCGAUAUGCCAGAAAUUGGCAUUUGGGAGAGAGUGUGUGUUGAAGAGUAUGCUUUUUGACAAAGAGAAGGGGAUACAACACGACCGCUCAAGAUUUUCGUUUAACAUUAAGAUACACUCCACAUCUCAUUGGGAAGUAAAAAGUGAUGACGAAAUGACACAACUGUCUACCACCACUUCUGUUAAGUAUCACAUUACUUGAAAAAAUUCCAUUAUGCUCACCUACUAUACGCCUGUGCCUGUGACAGUCUUUGUUCUUCUCAAACAGCAGUUAAACUGGGAAUAUUUUUGUUGAGGCAUUAUAUUUUGAAGGGUCUAGGCCCGAAACGUCAGCUUUUGUGCUCCUGAGAUGCUGCUUGGCCUGCUGUGUUCAUCCAGCUUCACACUUUGUUAUCUUGGAUUCUCCAGCAUCUGCAGUUCCCAUUAUAACUGAUAUAUUUUUGACAACAUUGUCUUCACCUUUCUAAUUACAACCUUGACAUCGCUGUUUUGGGCAAUGGAUCCCCCGGUGGUACAUCUUGUUCUCAUUGGUGCCUGUAAUAGUAAAUUCUACAUAUUUCAAACUCUAGGCUUGUUUUGCAGCCUUUCAAUGCACAGACGUCAGACAGAGGAGAUAUAUUAGGCAGUUUGACACGUUGAGUCUGCUGUGCCAUUCAGUUACAACUGCUAUGUUUCUCAACCCCAUUCUCUUGCCUUUUCCCUGUAACCCCAAUCCUCUUAUUAAUUGAUAACCUAUCUACAGAACAGCAUGGUGACUCUG